AUGGAGGUGGAGCAUUCCGCUGACGAGGACUUCUGGGAAAGAGUCUCCUCCGCGGAGCCUUCGCAGGGGCCGACCCCACUCCACACUCCUCGCUCGCCCUCGGAGCUGCCACAGUCGCCGCAUGGAGUCUUUCUUUCGCAGCCGGCUUCGAUUGAUGAGCCUCUGCUGCUUCUGGACGAAGACCAGGAGCGGCACGAGGCGGAGAGGGUAGCUCUCAAUGAGGAGCUCGCCGAAGCACGGCGGACUGGCAAGGCGGACCGUGCGGCGGCAGAUGCUAUGGCAGACAAGGUGGAGGAGCUCCAACGAGGCCGUGCAGACAGUGACCGGGAGAAGCACAGGCUUGAGCAAGAGAACGAGGUGCUUCGUCUCCAGCUAAAGGACCACCACGGAAUCAUGGCUGCGGAAUGGGGGCAGACGCUGCAGUUCCAAGAGAGGCUUCGUCAGGAGGAAGCCGAGGUCGAGCGCUUGGCCGCAAAGGUGAUCGAGCUCCAAGCCGCGCUAGCGCAGCGCGACGAGGAGCUUGGACACCUACGGCGGGAUGCGGCUCAGUGGCGCCUGCUGUCGCGGCACAAAAACGGGCUCGGGGACGUCAGCUCCGACGACAUCGAGCGCGUCCUGGAGGAAGCUGGGCCGGGCCUGGCGGAGCUCCAGUCCGAGUCCCGCGCACGUGCGCGAGUUGCCCGCAGCCAGCUGCGAGAUGAGCUUGAGCAGCAGCUGUGUGCUGUGUGCAGAGAUGCCAAGAAGGCCUACCCUUUGGAUGGCUUCAUGUGCGAGGUGCAGUGCUGUUUCUCCCCUGCCAGCAUCUAUGUGUUUGCGAAGGCACAUGACUUCAUCCCACCAGGGCACAACAGGGAGUUGUAA